GCCCGUUUGCAAUGGACGGCAGCGGCGGUGUUGUGCACGAGCGCAAGCCGUUGACGGUGAACUGCCUGAUGCCCCAUGGCCUUGUGCUCAGCGUCGAGACCAUGAACGACGUGUCCCUCGCCGAGUUCAAGGACACUGUGUGGCGCAAGGCAGCGACUCAACCGCUCGCAAAUCUGCUCAAGAAGCCCGACCAGUACGCCUUCCUCAGCGUCAAUGACGAGGGCGACAUCGAAGACCUGGUCGAGGACUCGCAACUACUGCGGGAUGUGCGCCUUUUCAAGUCGUUCAUCAAGAUUGCAGAGCGACGCGGCGGGCGCGACAAGGAAGACAAGCUCAUGGAAGCUCACAUUGCGACACUUAUUGGAUCCACCGUCAAGCACUUUGACAAUGCUGCUCUCGACGCAGAGGAAAUCCCUGCCUUCCGCAAGAACAUGAUUUCCGUCUGUCAACAAGCCAGCGAUGAACGCGCCAUGCUUCCGAAGGAACUGUUGAGCUUGGCCCCGAGUGUCGACCUCACUGAAAUUCCCGCUCACAUCAAGAGCAAGUUGAAGAGCAACGGCACUUUGUUGGUCAACGUGUGGGUGCUCAACCCCAACCACAACACGUACACAAAGUUUACGCUGCCGAUUGAGGCGGAGAGCACGCCGGAAAAGCUGGUCGUGAUGGGCUUGCGCAAGGCUGAAAAGUCGCUCAACCUGCCGUCGUCCGAGCCUGCCGAGCAUGCCAUGAAAGUCCGCGGCCGACAAGAGUACCUCUUUGGCAGCUAUCGGCUGAUUGACUACACACAUGUGCGCAUGUGCCUGGCCAAGGACCUGUCCCUUGACCUGACGCUGAUCAAGCGCGAGGAUGUGCUGGCCACCAUUCCUGAGACCACCUUCCAGCUGCCGUCCUGGUACACCCAUGCUUCCGUGCGCGCCCCCGUCGUUUGGCAAGACGACAAUCUGGACAUGUCUUCCAAGGUUCGUAUCAAGAUUGUUGGCUCUGGCAACAUUAAUGCUGGAAAUGUGGACGGCUUGUACAUCAAAGCGGGCCUGUAUCACGGCGGUCAGCCAAUUUGCCCAACCCAGCGAACGGCAGCGGUCGCCCCAGUCGCUGAUCCGACCUGGAAUGAAGAGCUCGUCUUUGAUAUCUCUCUUGAGGAUGUUCCCAGGGAUACCCGAGUUUGCGUCACGAUUCACGGAAUGUGGAACACGCAAGUGACGGAGAAGGACAUCCGCCGCCCGAGUGUGUCGGUGCACGAGCUGCUUCGACCCAAGGCGACUGUCAACGAUACCAUUUCCCUGUAUGCCUCCAAGCGCGAAAACCGCGUGACCAUGGCGUGGGUCAACUGCACGCUCUUUGAUUUCAAGGGCGACUUGCGUGGCGGAGAGAUGACCCUGUCGUGCUGGCCGUGUGAUCCCGACAAGGCGCAAGACAGCGGAAACCCGAUCGGCACAACCCUUCCGAAUCCCGACCGCAACACGGCUCCGUUCAUCAACUGCGCAUUCACCAACGUCGACAAGCCGACACCCGUCCCUCCAAGCACCGUGUCGCCGCAGUUGGCUGCUGAGCUGGCCGAGAUCAAGCAAAACAAGCCAGUGCCCGAGCCCGCCAUCGCCAAAGAUGCAGAGCGCCUGCAGAAGAUUGUCACGCGUGAUCCCCUCGCGCGCAUGACCAAGAAGGACAAGGCGCUGGUCUGGAAGUAUCGACUUUACCUCCGAAAGGACGCGAAAGCUCUCCCCAAGUUCAUCCGCUCAGUUCCCUGGAACAAGUACGAGCUUGUGGCCCAAGCACAUGCUCUGCUCGAAGUGUGGGAGCGACCCACCGCGGAGGAUGCCCUUGAGCUGCUCGAUUCUGAGUUUGCCGACGCGCGCGUGCGAGCUUACGGCGUCGCUUGCCUGGACAAGCUGAGCGAUGACAAGGUCAUGACCUACCUCUCCCAGCUCGUUCAAGUCCUCAAGUACGAGCCUUACUUUGACUGUGAGCUUGCACGCUACCUGCUGCGCCGGGCGCUCCGCAACCAGCGCAUCGGCCACUUUUUCUUUUGGUACUUGCGCGCCGAGAUGCACCUGCCUGACGUGGCUGCGCGCUUUGCGCUCCUGAUCGAGGCGUACUGCCGUGGCUGCGGCAGCCACAUGAGCAUGCUCGCCCGUCAAGUCAACGCGAUGGACAAGCUGGAGGGCAUUGCCAACCUGAUCAAGCGCAAGGAUCUGGACACACGCGAAAAGAAGUUGACUCUGCUUCGUGCCGAAAUCACCUCGACCACGCUCCCGACUUUCCAGACGCCGCUCAAUCCAACGGUCGUCGUGCGCAAGCUGAUUCCCGAAAAGUGCUCGUUCAUGGACAGCAAAAAGUUGCCACUGUGGCUCGUGUUUGAGAACGACGAUCCCGACGGCGAGGACGUUUACAUUAUCUUCAAGGUCGGCGAUGACUUGCGACAGGACAUGCUCACGCUGCAGAUGAUUGCCCUCAUGGACAACCUGUGGCAGAGCGAAGGACUCGAUUUGCGCAUGAUCCCGUACGGCUGCCUGUCCACGGGUGACAAUACCGGCAUGAUCGAGGUGGUGAUGAACUCGAACACGGUUUGCAACAUUCAGAAGGACAAGGGAGGUGGCGCGCACGGAGCCUUCAAGGACGACCCGCUCUACAAGUGGCUGGUUGAGAAAAACCCGGACGAAAAGGCCACCGAGCGUGCUGUGGAAAUGUUCAUGCUUUCGUGCGCGGGCUAUUGCGUAGCCACCUACGUGCUCGGCAUUGGCGAUCGCCACAACGACAACAUCAUGAUGAACAAGAGCGGACAGCUCUUCCACAUUGAUUUCGGCCACUUCCUCGGCAACUUCAAGUCCAAGUUUGGUGUCAAGCGCGAGCGCGUCCCGUUCGUCCUCACCCCAGACUUUGUCUAUGUCAUGUCUCAAAAGGAAGGCACCAAGGGCGAGCGCUUCCUGCGCUUUACCGAUCUCUGCGAAAAGUCGUAUCUCAUUCUGCGUCGCCAUGCCAACUUGUUUAUCAAUCUGUUUGCCAUGAUGAUGUCGACUGGCAUUCCGCAACUGAGCUGCUCGGAUGAUAUCAACUACCUUCGAGACGCUCUGCGGCUUGGCUCGUCAGAUGAGGCAGCGGCCAUCGAGUUCCGAAAGAAGAUUGACGAAGCGCUCGCCAAGUGCUGGAGCACCCGUCUGAACUGGACCAUCCACGGCAUGGUGCACUGAACACUGGAGGUGGUUGUGUCAUCGUUUAGUGCUGGAUGCUGCUCGUGUAUUGUUGAUAAAUAAUUCAAGUGCAUGGUUUCUGAGUUUGGAAUCGCAUCAACCUCGUCAUCACUUCUGC